GUGGUGGAGGGAAGUGCCAUCAGCAGCGCCGGGAGCACCACGCUGAUCCCAGCUGCGGUCGAGCAGAUGUGGACAUCUCUCGGCCUAGCACCGGUCGGCCAGGGGCUGCGGAAGGUAACCGAAAUCUACUUGAAGGGCGUCCGGAAGGCUCUGGCUCUGGAGCCCUAUAUCCCCAAGGUGCUUCCACUCCGCUGCUCGGCUCUGCGACGUCUUGCCUCGGCGUGUGCAGUUUUCGCCUCGCUUUGGCUUCUCAUGGCGGCUGCCAGCACAGACCUUCUCGGCGCCAUGGCGGCCGGUAAG